ACAGUUUUGCCCAGUCGCAUGCAGUUUUGUUCCAACAUUUGGCACUGUGAUAUCUGAAAGUCAAUUCAAUCCAGUAUAGUGAAUUGUGAUCGAUUUUGAAACAACGCUCUUAACAAAAUUAGUUUAUCAAAACUUUUGACAAAAUUAUUUUAGUUGACGAAAUUUGCAUUUAUAUUUUGAGCAAAUAGCUUAAAAGGAAUCAAUUCAAUCCAUUACAUGCGUUGGAAAAGAAACCUUUAUCUCUAUCAAAUAAAUACGGAUAUAAAUAGUUGCAUAGCUGAACAUGGCUGAAUCAGAUUUGACGGAGAUUCCAACUGAAGUUGUUCGCACAGCACUCUGUGAAACCAUCGAAACGAAAUUAAAAUCGAAAAAUUAUAAAAUAACCAUAACCUCUGCAUCAAAAGCGGGCGAAAGUAAUUUCAUUGGCAUCGUUCAUCGUGUAACAUUCAACAAAGAGGGUGAAGACAAACUAGAAAAGUUGAUUCUUAAAGUCGCACCGCUACAUCUAGCUCGUCGAACUCAGUUCAAUUCUCGCCCGUUAUUUUUGCAGGAGAUUAGCACGUACAACGAGAUCUUGCCAUUUUUUCGACAGUUUGAGAUGUCAAAGGGUGUAGCAAUCGAAGAGAAUGGCUUUGUUGAAUAUCCAAAAUGUUAUCGAACUAUUGACGAGGAGCCAAAUGAAUGUCUUUUCCUUGAGGACCUUAGUGUUCGAGGUUUCGCUAUCAUCGAUCGAUACACCCAAGAGGUGACCACUGACCACGUAUACUUGUUCAUGAAAGCGUUGGGCAAGUUACAUGCUAUUUCAUUCGCAUUGAAAGAUCAACAGCCAGAGAAAUUCAAGGAACUUGCAUCGAGUUUAAAAGAGAUGUUUUUGCGUGCAAACGAAGAAUUUAUUGGAGAAUUCUUUGACAAACAAGCUGAGAGCAUAUUCAAAGUGUUGGAAAAUGCAGAAGAUGCACAUUUAUUGGCGAAAAUGAAGAAAGUUUUCGAAAAUGGGGCAAUGAAUGUCGCUCUUGAAUGUCUUGAUUUAGAUGGUACCGAUCCGGGUUCGGUGAUUUCUCAUGGAGACUCGUGGCAAAAUAAUUUAAUGUUUCGUUAUGACAAAAAUGGAAAACCAAUUGAAAUAAGCCUCUUGGAUUGGCAAAUAUCACGCUAUUCGUCGCCAAUCAUUGACAUUGUUUACUUUAUGUUUUGUUGCACAACGAAAGAGCUUCGAGACGAUCAUUACGAUGACUUCCUGAAAGUUUAUCACGAAAGCUUAUCGGCGCACAUUCGAAGAUUGGGCUCUGAUCCGGAAAAGUUGUUCCCAUUUGCAGUGAUGCUGGAGCAUUUCCGCAAAUACGCAAAAUUUGGAUUGGUUCUAUCGACAGUAUUGCUUCCAAUGAUAACAACAGACCGAGGAAAUGGAUUGGAUCUCGAUGAACUCGCUGUCAAAUUUGAAAAGAACAAAGAGAACAAUUUCGAAAACAAAGAAGAUUUGGAUGCAUUUAAUUCGUUCAUUUCAGACAAUUCGCGUAAUAAAUUCAACAAACGUUUGAGAGAUGUUGUUGGCGACAUGGCGCGAUUAGGAUAUGUCUGAAUGUUUGAAACAACAACAGAAAAAUUAUUUAAAAAUGUAUCGAUAAGACAAAACAUCAUUAAUGCUUUGCACGUUAGACGCGUUUAGACAACAAACAAUUCAAUUAAAUUGCAAUCGAAAAAAACGUU